AAGUUGACAUUGACAAGAAAGUGUUUUUUGCUGUUUUUAGUUGUUUGGGCUUGUUUCUUGAAUAGAAAUAAUAAAAUUAAGAAAAUUAUUCAGCAAAUCAAUUGUUUACAUUCAAGAUGAUGGCAGGCAAAGUAAUGGCAGAAACAGAGGAACAGAGCAGAAUAAGGUUUCAAGUUGAAUUGGAGUUUGUACAGUGCUUAGCCAAUCCAAAUUAUAUACAUUUUUUAGCACAAAGGGGUUAUAUGAAAGAGCAAACAUUUGUGAAUUAUUUACGGUACCUGCAGUACUGGCGGGAACCUGAAUAUGCUCGCUAUCUCAAGUACCCAAUGUGUCUGCAUUUUCUUGAACUGUUGCAACAUGAGGCCUUCAGAAGGGAAUGUGUUUCAGCCCAGGUUUGCAAGUUCAUGGAUGAUCAAGCAAUAUUACUCUGGCAACAUUAUACGAGGCGACGUACACGUACACUACAGCCACCGGACGCUCCAGCACCGCCAGCGCCCCCUGCAGCUCCGCAACCACCACGUCAGCAAUCAUGAUAAAGUACAUAGUUUUUUGUAUAAUCUCAGUAAUGUACUCAAUUUACGAAUUAAUUUAAUAUUAAAUAAAAGUGCAAAUUUUGUGGUAGUCUUUUACAGAAAAAUAUUUGUAUUACUCUUUGAAGGCUUCUAUGUGAACCAUUAUUGAAAUUGGGUUGGUAAGGCAUUUUUCAAUCUUAUGUCAAUGAUGUUUACUGUCAAUAAAGUUUUUGUCAACGUUCAUCAGAAGCUACAUAUACAAAGGAAGCUGAAUAAGCGAGAGUCUAAAGGACCGCAAAAUUUUUCAUACUUAUAGAGGUUUUUCUCUGACCCGAGUUUCUCGUUUAUAGAGGUUUCCUCUUUUUCCAGAUUUGACUGUAGGUACAGCCAACUUUUGUGUAGCGAGGAUGAAAAUUCAAUGAAAAACGUAAAAAAUUAGAUGGAUAUGACGGAACUACUUUUUUUUAAUA